UCAUGAUACCAUUUACGUGUUUUGUUAGUCUUUAAAGUGCUACCAGACUAUUUGUUGUUUUUUAAGUUUGUCCAUAUAAUGUACUUUCUAGAGCUGUCAAUUGACCUGAGUUAACACCUGUGAUUAAAGCAGGACAGGAUUAACAGAUUACAUUUUUUAAUGUGUUAACUGCAGGUGUUAAUGCUGGGCUGCUGUCCCUUUCAUGAGCAGAGCUAGGGAUCAGCUGGGAACUCCAGCUGAUUGCAACAGUAGAGCUAGGGAUGUCCCUUUGAAGUGCCACUCUGGUGCUGGGGACUCCAGCUUAUCCCGGGCUCCAUGCAGCGCUGCCCCAUUGAAAUGCUGUUGUGGCAUUUCAAAGGGUAGGCACAUGCAAUUAAUCGUGAUUAAUUUUUUUAAUCACUUGACAGCCCUAGUACUUCCCACAGCACAAUAUUUACAGAUCAACAGUAAUUCUGGUAGGCAUCUGAGUGGUAUAGUAACACCAAUUUUUUAAUGGUGUAAUAUUAUUGUCCUAUGUAUACCAAGUGUCAAAACAGUAGACCUAACGAGCCGUUCUAUGAACUUCUACUAGAAAUCCUAGACUCAUUCAAUACUUUUCUUCCUUUUCUUCCUCACUGUUCAUUCUGAGAGAAACUAUUUUACAUAAGUCUGUUCUCAUACUUUUUAAUUUUUUCUAAACUGGGCCUUGGAUGGAAAAUUGGAAAAAAUCCUUCACUCUGAAAAUAUCUGAGGUGAUUAAAGGGAUUUCGAUAAGUAGUUUUUGUAACAUCUUUUUGAAUAACAAGGCAUUUUGUAAGUUUAAUUUAGCACUGUUCUUGACCUUAUUUCUAAAGGUCCAUUUGUGCAUCCCUCAUGUUAAAAUACAUGACUCUUAUUGAUUGCUUGGAGGAAAGUAGUAUUAUGUUGAGCUGCCUUUUUUUUGGUUUUGUUUUGUUUUGUUUUUUGUUUUGUUUUGUUUUGGGUUUUUUUUUUUAAUUUAUUUCUCAUGCACAAGGAAUAGGAGACCUCAGAGUAGUUACGCUAGUGCCACUCACUGCCCCAGGAUGGAAUUGCACAAAGUGCAUUUACGUGGAAGGUGUACACCAAAUGUUUCUGUUCACUUGAUAUUGUUCACUGAAGGCUGGAAUGUGAAUGGAACUGUCAUUUUUUUUCCAUAUAGAAAAGCAGCUUCUGUAAUAUCAAAGUAUCCAAGCAAGAUAAAAAGUGGAGCUGAAGCAAGGAAGCUGGAAGGAGUAGGAGCUAAAAUAGCUGAGAAGAUAGAUGAGUUUUUAUCCACUGGAAAACUACGUAAGCUUGAAAAGAUUCGGCAGGAUGAUACAAGCUCAUCUAUCAAUUUCCUGACCCGAGUUAGUGGUAUAGGCCCUUCUGCAGCUAGGAAGCUUGUGGAUGAAGGGAUAAAGACAUUGGAAGAUCUAAGGAAAAAUGAACACAAGCUGAAUCAUCAUCAACGAAUUGGGCUAAAAUAUUUUGAUGACUUUGAGAAAAGAAUCCCUAGAGAAGAGAUGUUACAGAUGCAGGAAAUAGCAUUGGAAGAGGUAAAGAAACUGGACUCCGAAUAUAUUGCUACAGUCUGUGGCAGUUUCAGGCGAGGUGCAGAAUCAAGUGGGGAUAUGGAUAUUCUCCUGACCCAUCCAAGUUUCACUUCUGAAUCGACCAAACAGCCAAAGCUUUUGCACCAAGUUGUAGAACAAUUGGAAAAAAUCCACUUUGUCACAGACACAUUGUCAAAGGGUGAUACGAAAUUCAUGGGUGUAUGUCAAUUACCAAACAAAGAAGAUGGAACCAAUUAUCCAUACCGGAGAAUUGAUAUCAGGCUGAUCCCCAAGGACCAGUAUUAUUGUGGGGUACUGUACUUCACAGGCAGUGACCUAUUCAAUAAGAACAUGAGAACUCACGCCCUGGAAAUGGGCUUCACAAUCAAUGAGUACACAAUUCGGCCCUUGGGAGUUACUGGAGUUGCUGGGGAACCCCUCCCAGUAGACAGUGAAAAGGACAUUUUUGAUUACAUACAGUGGAAGUAUCGAGAGCCAAAAGAACGGAGUGAAUAAUUUGCUUUCAUAGGUUCACCAGAGUGCUUGCUUUUUUAGUGUUUGAGAAUAAAUCAUUUAAGAGUAGAUGCAUAUUUAUUGCUUGAACAUUACUUCAGAAGGUGUGUAUUACUGAUUCUGUUAAACGAGCUCAAUGGCACUAGAAUAAAAUAUGUUUUAAAUAUUAAAUCACCUAAUAUUGCAACUUGAA